AUGUAAUAUCGUAAUAACUUGGCGAUAGAUCAGUGUGGUUUUAAAUCCGUCCCAAACUACCUUGACAUCCCCUUAGCAUAUAUUCCACUUAUGUGUAACGCGAUACUUGAAUACAUACAUACAGUAAAAAAAACUAUAUAGAACGGUUUUUUUUCUUGUGGAUUAUAUCCGGCUGAUUACCUAACAGCAAACUGAGUUAAUGUUCUUUUAGUUCUCUAGUUCUGUUGUAAACAGUGAGUGCUAGAUUCUUUUGUUGCGUCGUGUAAGGAAAUUGAAAUGGCUUGCCCUGUUCGACAUAGUUUAAAUAUGCCUGAUGGAGAUCCACUAGAAGAUGAAUCUGGUAUGUUAUAUGGAGAAUAUUUGAUGUUGGAUAAAGUCCUGCAAGCACAGCGAUUACUAAGCGAAAAACAUAAUCAAAAAGUACAUGAUGAACAUCUUUUUAUUAUCACUCAUCAAGCAUACGAACUAUGGUUUAAACAAAUUAUUUACGAAUUGGACUCCGUAAGGGAGAUAUUCAGCGAAAUUUUGGAAGAAACCGAAACUUUGGAAAUAUUGAAGAGGCUGAACCGAAUUGUUUUAAUAUUGAAGGUGUUAGUGGACCAAGUGAUGAUUCUGGAGACUAUGACUCCGUUGGACUUUAUGGACUUCCGUAAUUAUCUAAAACCAGCCUCGGGCUUCCAAAGUCUCCAGUUUAGAUUGCUGGAAAACAAGUUGGGUGUCAAAUCUGAAAACAGGGUGAAAUACAACAAGGAUUAUACAAAAGUUUUCGGAAACGACGAGAAAGCUUUAGAAAGGGUCAUACAAUCCGAAAGCCAGCCGUCCUUGGCCUUGUUAGUGGAAAGAUGGCUGGAGCGUACUCCCGGCUUAGAAGUUGAGGGUUUUAAUUUCUGGGGAAAGUAUCAAACAGCUGUCAAUUUGCUUCUGGAAGAACAAAGACAAAUCGCUCUGGCUGUACCAGUGGAGAACCUGAGAGAGUAUCGCUUAAAUGAUUUAGCAAAUCGCCGAGAGGUGUACGAAUCGAUAUUCAAACCCGACAUACACGAAGCUUUAUUAAACAGAGGAGAAAGGCGCUUUUCUCAUAAGGCCCUCCAAGGAGCUAUUUUGAUCACUUUGUAUCGUGACGAACCCAGAUUCAGCCAACCCCAUCAAAUCCUCAAUUUACUUAUGGACAUCGACUCCCUCAUAACAAAAUGGCGAUACAAUCACGUACUGAUGGUUCAGCGAAUGAUCGGCUCAUCUCAACUAGGCACAGGUGGAUCUUCUGGAUAUCAGUAUUUAAGAUCCACUUUAAGCGAUCGCUACAAAGUCUUUGUGGAUUUGUUUAACCUUUCCACGUUUUUGAUACCGAGAGCUUAUAUACCGCCCAUAUCCUCAACGGCGAGAACUCAACUCUCGUUAUGGAGAAAUGGAAAGGGCAAAGUGUUAGAGGAGAACGACAGCAAAAAUGGCUUGGAAAUCGAGGAUAACGGAUUCGAAGAAGACAUCGUAUGAGAGUAACACUAUCUCGUGUUUGCUAUUUUGAUGUUCCACCAGAAUAUAGUAUUGCAUUCGAAUAACUAGCCCAAUCGUUUUAGAUUUUUUCAACGUAAAAAUAUACCGGGUGAGUUUUCUACGAUGUUCUCUAUGGGUAUCUCGGAAACUAAUUUUGCAGUUUUUUGGGGUUUUGUGACUAAAUAUACUCCGAUUUUAAGAUUUUCAGCAAUAUAAGCUAUAAUAUAUCUUUUUCACAAAAUUACUGAGUUUCUAUCUUUCUUGACUAAUUUCACUUAGUUAGUCAUGGAAACAAGUUCAAUCGUCGUUGCUCUCAGAAAUGUGAAACUGCCACAUCCAAACUUUGUAAAUUAAAAUAAACAAAAAUUGUAAAUAUGAAUUUUUCACAUGAAGAAAAGCGUGUAUUAUUGGUUCAACUUUUCUUGGUCAUACAGUUUCGACUAUACAGCCAUACAGUGAACGGUACUUCCGUUUUUAAGAGAACGGGUUCCAAGACACGUUAGAAAAGUUAAAUUUAGAGAUUCGCGCAUUAAUAGAGUGGUUCCAACAUCACUUUCAUUAUGACACACCACUUCCCCCCCCACAAUGAAAAAAAUGUUAAAAAUUAUUUAUAUCCUAAUUACGCAAAUUCAGGGAUAGGAAGACGUGGACCAAUUGCAUGGGCCUCCUCUAUCACCUGACCUAUCCAUGGUAGAUUUUUUUUUAUGCGGUGUGGUUAACAACAAGGUUUACAAAAGAACUUAUGAAUUAAGAGAGGCAUUUGAAGAGGCGGUGCUGGAGAAGUUUAUUAUAGUCGACCGGCCGUUCUGUGGGAAAAACUUGUAAUUCAGUUUUAAAAAGAUGCAUUUUAUGUACUCAAAACAAUGGCGGUUUUUUUGAACAUUUGUAAUAUGUGUAAUGUAAAUUGUAAAGCACCGUUUAAUAAAAUAUUCUGUCUAUAUUCUAUCUUUUUUAUAAGUUAUAAAUCAUAACAGAAUAAGAAUAAAAUGCCAACUAAGUGAAAUUAGUCAAGAAAGAUAAGAAUUGGCUCUAAAUCAGUAAUUUUUCGAAAAAAAACAUAUUAUAUCUUAUAUCUCUGAAAAGCUUAAAAAAUUGCGCUUGUUAUGAAGUCGUGGGCAACUAUGGUUUCACAGUUUUUUCAAAAAUGACAGGCUUUAGAAAAAACUAGAAAACUCAUGAGGGAUGUGAUUAUCUACAAUUUUUAUUUAAAAACUUUUUUUCUAAAAUAGAUUAUAAUGG